AUGUUGAUUAAUACUAAAUAUUUCACUUUUAUCCCUAAGUUAGUUCUUUUAUCUUUCUUUUAUCCUUCUUUAGUAUGUUAUCGUAAAAGUGUAAAUGGCUUUACUGUAGAUGUUAUUCACCGUGAUUCUCCUCUUUCACCUUUUUACAACCCAUCAAUUACUCCAUAUGAACUCCUUCAAAAUGCCUUCCACCAGUCAUUCUCCCGGGCUUCCUCCUUUAGGAAAAAUUCUAUUAAGUCAAUCCAGUCAACUGUUAACCCAACCGGUAGUGCAUUCCUCAUGAAAAUCUCAGUCGGAACUCCCCCAGUAGACAUUCUUGCCACUGUCGACACCGGCAGUGACUUAACGUGGCUACAAUGUGAGCCUUGUGUCCAUUGCUUUCAACAAACGGGCACACCUAUUUUUAAUCCCAAAAAUAGCUCUACUUAUUUUACUGUUGAUUGCGAAAAUUUAUAUUGUCAAGACUUGGCACCUAUCACAUGUAGGGAUGAUAUAUGUAACUAUGAACAGGGUUAUAGUGACAAAUCAUAUAGCAGAGGUGAACUUGCUAUUGAAACUUUCUCAUUUACUUCUACUUCUGGUGAAAAUGUCGCAAUUCCUCUCACCUUCUUUGGUUGUGGACAUGACAAUGCUGGAAAUUUCCCUACUGGAGUUGUUGGCUUAGGUCGUGGCGAUAUCUCAAUUGUAAACCAAAUGAAUGAUGACAUCAAAGGGAAAUUCUCUUAUUGUUUGAUUCCAUUUGAUGCAUCAAAAACCAAUGAUAAACUAACUAGUCACAUCAAUUUUGGUGAUAGUGCUGUUGUGUCGGGUCCUGGAGUUGUUUCAACACACAUGACAAGAAAGGAAAGUCAAAAAUCCUUCUAUUAUCUAUUUUUGGAAAGUAUUAGCAUCGGAGAAAAAAAUUUGCCGUUCAAAUCUACUAAAAUUUUUCCUCCUGGUCAAGCUAAUAUUAUCAUCGAUUCAGGUACAACACUUACGCUUGUCCCUUCUGAUUUUUACCUGAAUUUGGAGGAAGCAGUGGUGGCUUCGAUUAGUGCUACUAGGGUAAACGAUCCGGCUGGGACUUUUAAGGUAUGUUACGCAUCCGAUAUUGUCACUAUCAACGCUCCUAGGAUUGUCGCACAUUUUACAAAUGCGGAUGUAGAGUUGUCACCAGAGAACUCAUUUAUACAGUUCGGUCCAGGUGUGAUUUGUCUUGCAAUAGUGCCAUCAGAUGAUCUUUUUAUUUUUGGGAACUUGGCACAGUUGAAUUACUUAAUUGGAUAUGAUCUUGUGGCCAACCAAGUUUCAUUCUUGCCUACUGAUUGCUCUCAGCAUUAA